UGAGCUUGCUGGCUUUAUUCAAAUGGGCCCAGUGACUGAAGCCGCCAUGCGGGCCUUGGUCCCCGGAAGCACAGUGUAUAUAGAUACCGGAGGAAUGUUCCAGAAAAGAAUGCUUUUGAAUGUUUCAAGAUCAUUGAUGCCUUUUAGUGAUCCAAUUUAUGAAAUAGUAUUUUGAUAACUGCUAAUGGAAUGAAUCAGUCAAGGAAGGAUCAUCAAAACACUGCUGAAAAACAUCACAAGUUGGCAAUAAAAUGUAUCAGUAGCAAUAAUUUUGGUUUGGCAUUGGGCCAUCUCCUUUUGGUUGUGAAGCUUCUUCCAGAAAAAUCUGAUGAACUUCAUCACACAGUUGCUUCCUGCCUUGGAAAAGCUACCCAAUCUUUGGAAGAUGCAGGGAGACAUCAGGAUCUGUUGAAAAUAUAUGAGUCUGUUCUUGAAGUAUAUCCUGAGAGUGCAAUAAUCAUCAGCUCUCUAGGUGAUUUCUUAUACAGGCAUGGCCACGUGCUCCAAGCGGCCGCUCAGUUCCUGCGCGCGGCGCGGGCCGACGGCAGUCUGGUGGCCGCCCGAGACGGCCUGGAGCGUGCCAACUCUCAGCUGGUGGACCGCUGGCACUUCACGAUGCUCAAUGACGCACGCAGGAACGCUGCGUAUGGGCGCGCGGUGCGUGCGGCGUCCCGGCGCCUGACCGAGGGAGAACUGGUGCUGGAUGUAGGCGCCGGCACCGGGCUACUCAGCAUGCUGGCAGCGCAGGCGGGUGCCUCUCCUGUGGUCGCCUGUGAGAGCUCCGAGGCCAUGUGCCAGGUGGCGGCCGCGACCCUGGCGGAUAACGCACUGGAGAGGCGCGUCCAGCUGGUCAACAAGUGGUCCCACGAGCUCACCGUCGGGGAGGACCUCCCGUGCAGGGCGUCUCUACUAGUGACCGAGACGUUCGAUGCCGGUCUGCUGGGCGAGCACAUCCUCUCCACACUACAGCACGCCUGGCGCCACCUGCUGCUACCCCCGGGGCGGGGACGCGUGCUGCCGGCCUCUGCCGCCGUCUGGGCCGCUGCCGUGGAGAGUGCAGAGAUCCGCUCACAGCUCAGUGCCCGUCUGCCCAGCGGCGAUCAGCUGCGGCGCCGUCUGACGGAACCCUACUGGUCGGAACGGCUGGAGGACACGCCCGGGGGAUACAAACUGCUCACCGAGCCAGUGCAGGUGUACUCAGUGGAUUUUAACGACCCGGAUGAUAUAGAGCGCGGUCUGAGUGGUGUGGAGGGACGUCACGUGAUGCGGUGUACGGCCGACGGACGGCUGGAUGCGCUGGUCACGUGGUUUGAGCUCCAGCUGGGUGAGGGAGAGGUGUUGAGCAGUGCGCCCGGUGAGGAAACGUGCUGGGAACAGGCGGUGUUCCCGGUACCGACCGGUCACGUGGUGUGUGCUGGGCAGAACCUAGUGAUCAGGAGCGUGUGUAAGGGUCACCUAGAGCUGCGACUAGAAGACGCGUCAACAGAGAGAGCCACUUUGGGGAAUGGAACUGGAGAAAUGGACGAAAAUCAUACACCUGAAUCAAAUCAGCCUAAAAUGGAUACUGAAGCUGCGAAAAUAUGCCGAACCCCUGCCAGUACCACAGCUCGUGAUGUAUGUGAAGCUGCUGAACCCGACGAUGACGUAUAUGCAUCUGGCGACGAUGUGGUAACCUCCACCAACCCCGAAGAGGUCAGCCCGGAAGCACUAGCCUUCGCCGGGAACUCUCAGCAUUUAAACACCCUAAAUUCCGCCCUACAUCACUGGAUGGCUGCCCGGCCACCGUCUUCCCCUCCUCCCCGGCUGCUGGACCUGUGUCCCAUACCUCUCGCUCGUCUUCUCGAUCUGAGUGGGGUCAAUGUGAUCCGUAUGGACAGUAAGAGUGCCGAGGUAACUUCAGAGAGUGUCGGACAGUGUCAGAGCCCGGUGGGGGAGCAGGGGUCAGAGUCAGUCACCCGGGUUCCGUCAGAGGGGAAGGACCGGCGGACGAACGGGAGCUGGGACUGCGUGCUGUCGGCCCCCGUGCUGCCUUCUGGUCGGCUCGACCCGGCUGUGCUGAGGAUGGUACAGAGCGUGUCCGUGCGGCCGGGCGGUCUGCUGUGGCCGUCUCGUCUCCAACUCCUGGCAGUCGCCGUCUCCAGUCGUCUGCUGCUCAACAUGACGGCAGUCCAGCCGGAGAACACGGAGGGCCUCGACUGCAGCGCCAUCAACGUGUUCGCGGUAACCCAACAACAAGAUUUUCCGUACCGCCACCGAGCCGUGUCCUCCGACCUGAGCGACAUCCACGUCAUCAGCUGCCUUGAUCUGACCUCGGGCUCCACGGGCCCACCGCGCUUCUCGAUACCAGUGACAUCUACCGGUGAACUGCACGGACUAGUGUACUGGUUUCGGCCGGUAGAUGACAGUGAGGUGGGGGUAGGGAGGCCAGAGUUCGGAAGGCAAAUGGCAGCUGCCCUGCAGACUCGGCGAACGGUCCAACCCGGGCACGCAGUGUGUGGGACGGUGCAUCCCACUGCGGAUGGAGUGAUUGUGAUGGUGAACGAGUGAUCUCACACCAGUAGGAUGGCAUUGAAUGAUGGCCGUCUGAAGAAGUGCCAUUCGCGAAUGCUGCUAGCCGUGCCAGUUCAAGUGAAUUGUGCCAAGUGCCACUCGCGUAUUACGAUUGAUGAGUGCCGGAUGAGAUUCGUCGGCGGCAGUUGAGUGCCCACUGCCCAGUGAUGCCUCUCGGUUAGUACAGAGGAGUGAGGACUAAUCACCGACUGAGGACAGCGAGUGGCGAGAUGUGUGCGAGCUCAGGAAGACGCGGUUUCCCAUCGUACUGCUGUGACCGGUCCAACGCGACUGGUGACCCUUGUAGCGCUGUGAUCAAUGAGCGAUCCGAGUAAACUGUUGAGUGUUGAGAUUGGCGCCGUGAUACUGUGUGCAUAAGUAUUUAAGUCGCUGAAAGAA